GGCUAACUGGUAACAGUUAAGCUAACGUUAGCAGACACGUCUACAGACAGUCCGCUGCUGCUGCUGCUGCUGCUGGAGGAGGAUAACACACACAUGUUGAACUGCUGCUGGAAGAAAUGCUCGCUACGAAUAAGGGUCUAACUGGCUUUCAUACUAACACACACUGAGCUGCCACGUCAAAAGUUGAGAGGUUUGCUACGUCACAAAGAUGGCAACCAUUGAGGUUUAGAAGUGUCUUUCCACACUCAACUCUUGGACCGUUUGAGUGCGCCACUGCAUUUGCUAACAGCUCCCGGCCCAGCCAUGUUCGGCACAGAGUCCUCAUUAAGCAUGUUUCUCAACACCCUGACGCCCAAGUUUUACGUGGCUCUGACGGGCACUUCCUCCCUCAUAUCAGGACUCAUAUUGAUAUUUGAGUGGUGGUAUUUCAGGAAAUAUGGGACGUCCUUCAUAGAGCAGGUGUCUGUGAGUCACCUGCGCCCCCUGCUGGGCGGAGUGGACAGCAGCUCCCCCAGCAACUCCAACACCAGUAAUGGAGAGGCAGAUUCUAAUCGACAAAGUGUGUCCGAAUGUAAAGUAUGGAGAAAUCCGCUGAAUUUAUUUCGUGGAGCUGAAUAUAAUCGAUAUACGUGGGUAACAGGUCGAGAGCCGCUGACAUACUACGAUAUGAAUCUGUCGGCACAAGACCAUCAGACCUUCUUUACAUGUGACUCAGACCACCUGCGGCCUGCUGACGCCAUUAUGCAGAAGGCGUGGAGAGAGAGGAACCCACAGGCUCGUAUCUCUGCAGCACAUGAAGCUCUGGAGCUCGAAGACUGUGCGACAGCGUACAUCCUGCUGGCGGAGGAAGAAGCUACAACCAUCAUGGAGGCUGAACGUUUGUUUAAACAGGCGCUAAAAGCUGGAGAGGGCUGUUACCGCCGCAGCCAACAGCUCCAACAUCACGGUACACAGUAUGAAGCCCAGCACAGAAGAGACACCAACGUAUUGGUGUACAUAAAAAGAAGACUGGCCAUGUGCUCCAGAAAGCUCGGCCGAACACGAGAAGCAGUUAAAAUGAUGAGAGAUUUGUGUGUUUUCCAGUUAAUGAAGGAGUUCCCUCUCCUCAGUAUGUUCAACAUCCACGAGAACCUGCUGGAGUCGCUACUAGAGCUCCAGAACUACGCCGACGUCCAGGCCGUUCUGGCCAAGUACGACGAUAUUAGCUUACCCAAAUCUGCAACAAUAUGCUACACAGCAGCCUUGCUCAAAGCCAGGGCGGUAUCGGACAAAUUUUCUCCAGAAGCAGCAUCCAGGCGAGGGCUGAGCACAGCAGAGAUGAACGCAGUAGAAGCCAUCCACAGAGCGGUGGAGUUCAACCCUCACGUCCCUAAAUAUCUGCUGGAGAUGAAGAGUCUGAUUCUUCCUCCAGAACACAUCCUGAAGAGAGGAGACAGCGAGGCCAUCGCCUACGCUUUCUUCCACCUGCAGCACUGGAAAAGGGUCGAGGGGGCGCUCAACCUGCUGCACUGCACCUGGGAGGGCACGUUCAGAAUGAUCCCGUAUCCUCUGGAGAAGGGUCACCUGUUCUAUCCAUAUCCCAUCUGCACAGAGACAGCCGACAGAGAGCUGCUACCCACAGUGUUUCACGAGGUGUCAGUCUACCCUAAGAAGGAGCUGCCCUUCUUCAUCCUCUUCACAGCCGGUCUCUGCUCCUUCACCGCCAUGCUGGCUCUGCUCACACACCAGUUCCCUGAACUCAUGGGAGUGUUUGCUAAAGCUUUCCUCAGCACGCUGUUCGCUCCUCUGAACUUCAUCAUGGAGAAGGUGGAGAGCAUCCUGCCGUCCAGCCUCUGGCACCAGCUCACUCGCAUCUGACCCCAACCGGACCGGACCAGACUCUGAAUCAGACCCAGGACCAGGACCAGGAGCCGACCUCCAUCCAGACAGAAACAGCUGAACUGAAACCCAGAACGCUGCGUAGGACGGGACUGACACACCUUUGUGCCAAGACGAGCGAGUUCAAACCAAACUGAGGACGACGGAGGAGGCGCGAAACAAAAAGGCAAAACAACAGAAUCCAGAAUUGGUUUUGACUUUAUUUGAUAUGUUUGCAUUUUUUGGGUUUUCAAUCAUUUAAAGCUGUUCCUUUGUUGUACAAAAACAGGUGAUCAAUGCCAUCAUUAAAAAAGUGAAAAGACAAAAAAAUACAAUAAAGGACUUUUUGUGUAUUGCUGCAAGCCGGCUCCUUCCGCCAUUUUGAUUCAUGCGCUGCAGUUUAACUGCCUCCACCACAGCGACGUCAGCUGGAGCUCACUUAAUGAAACUAACACAACCUGGUAGGUUUUAAUGUUCAUCUGUGGAGUCUGUGUGUGUUUCUGUUUUCUGCUGAUGUCACAAACUAACGUCUCACUCCACAGGUAGAGGAAGCGUUUCACCAGGUGAUUCUGUCUGAGGUCAAACAGUGAUCUUAAAAACUUCUGUUUUUCAGACACAAACAUAAACGAUGUGUGUCAGGACCAGUGGUUUUAAGCCUUUUUACCAAAUCUCAUGUACACGUCCUAUUACAGGUAAUAACUCGAACAGAUUUUUUUCUACUGUUCCAGGCAGACGUUGGUUUUCAGACAUUUCUGAUAAAAGCUGAGCAGACCAAUCUGAUCUUUAACUGUGUUGCCAGGGAAUGCUGACGUGAUUUUGAGAAACAUUAAUGCAGACUGGAUGUUAACAGUCUGCUGAUUGAUUUUCAUGCUUCACAGAAAUUAAUAGGAAACAAUGGCUGCUUGGAAAGUUGGAUAAAUACAUCCAAUCAUCGAACAUGUUCUCAUCCCAAGUUGUCACAUACCGCCUCUUAUUCAGUGGACACUCAUGUCCACAUAUUACAUGCUUGGUCUGCUGUUGACGUUCUGGGACGCUGCUGUCAUCACCGUGAAUUCAACAAAAGCAGAUGUUUAGGUUUGGAAAAAUCAUCAUAAUUUGGCGUUACGUUCAUACAAAGCAAACACCGGCCUCCUGGGUGAAAGUCCAGGCUUUGUUUGUCCCAUCCACCUCCCCUCUCUCCCGCCCCUACUGGGACUUUACAGCUCCUUUUAUUACAACGUUACCUGCAGUGUUUCAAACUGAUGCAGUCCUGUGGUGUAUCAUACCUCAGGCUGACGGGUAGCGCAUCAUCAUACCACGGUGAGAGGUGGCUUGACGCUGAAAUCACUGACAAAAGCGACAGUAUUUGACGACUUCAGAAUGAACGUAUACGCAUGAAUUUGAAAGUGAUAGCAAAAACAUUAAAAGGUGAGUUCAGUAUUUUUAAUGUGGGCACUGUUUACCAUGUUUUUGUAUCAAUGACUGAAGGGAACAGUAAGCUUUGAAACUGGUUCAUCAUGAGUGCAGCUGCAAACAGGAUGCAAAGUAACCAGUCGAGACGUGUUAGCACCGUCAAUUUCCAUCUGAAAGUGUUUUUGUCACUGACCGGCUCAGAUUGAUAUUCAGAGUGUCUGACAACAUCAUGAAAGGAUCCCUACAGAGAUAAAGAGUAAGAUCCUUCUAGUUUAGCCAGAAACAGCCCUGAAAUCACCGUCACCAAACCCACCACACUCCAUUUAAAUACAUUUCAUUGUAGCAUCUUAAAACAAACUUCGUUCAGA